ACAUGUCGUUUGUGUUACAUUUGAGUUAAGUAAUGCAAGGUUAGAUCAUCCUCACCCAAGGUGAUCAAAUCCUUAGCCCAGCAAACGAGCUGGAGCAACUAAGCUCAAAUGAUCCACUAGCCCGUUUUCCAGUGCUCUCCGUGAAUUUGCUAAAUGAGUAACAGCAGACAGAAAGGCAAAAGACUGAGUGUCGGGAAACCAGCUGAGGAAUCUCAGUGAGGAAAGGAAUAAAGACCUUUUGCCUGUGUUCUGGGUUUUUUCCUAGACCACUGGUACUCAUCUGGGUACAGGCUGCGGGUGGCAGAGCGCUGGCUGGUCCCACAGUGCUGGUUCCCCUUCUCCCAGCUGUUACAGCCACGCUGUGAGUUCCUCUGCUGCCCCUCUGCCCUGUGAGGUGGUGCCCUCAUGGCUGUGGGAGGGGGGGCGUUUGAGCAAGAAGGGAGGUGGCACAUCCGAAAUCUGUGUUGGAUCACCGGUAAGGCUGUAACAGAGUUCGAGAGCAACAGGGCUGCUCGCUAAGCAGCGCUUUCUGACCGGCUCUGCGGGCUAGCAAGGCAUCCUGUGAGACCUAGUGAACUGGGUGAAGUUGUAAUGUAUUGUGAGGGCCAGGCAAGAGUGAUGGAGUAAUUUUUUUUCUGAAGGAUGUGGAGUCCACUGCCAGAGCAUAAUACUGGACUAGGCUAGACCAGUUCUGGUCUGUCAGUCCUGUGCCACUGCAUAGGAAAUAGCCACUCUCCCUAACAAAACUAACUUUACAUGUAUUUUCUACCUUCCUGUUUUCCCACGGUCUCCUUUGAUCUUCUGGUUCCUCCUUUAUAUGCCUGUCUUUCUUAAAUGUGCUUAGAUAGCUGGCUUCCGUGUCUUCUCAUGGUAACACAUUCCAUACAUUCGCAUCUGCUUGAGGGAAACACUCCCCGUCCACCCACACACAUAACAGUGCUCCGGGCCAAAUUCUGAUCGCUUCUGUGUCAAUACAAACCUGAGCAGCUUCACCAGCUCUGGCCCUGCUGCUUUGGGGUCACAAUGGUGUAGCUCUGGGUACAGUGUGGUCCUUUGGCUGGACCGAAGGGUCCUCCAGGCGGCUCAUUCAGCACACACCCACAUCACGCGACAGAAAUAUCUGUUCUCUAAACACUUCUGCUCCUCUGUGAGGUAUGCUGUGGAAUAGGCUUUGCUUUCAUGGAUUUUGAAAAUUGUAGAGAAGCUUUCUGUAAUGCAGGAGAACAGUGUAUGCCGAAUAACAGAACAUAAUUGAUUCUUUCUCAUAUCCAACCUCUUUACAAAUGCAUACAAUGGAGCAAGCGUGAUGAUUUCUUAGCAGCACAAGAACACUGUAGCUUAAAUCCAGGCCUGGGGAAAAGAGGGAGGUGUGGUAGCGUGUUGAACAGAUGCAGUUAGCACUGCUGGAUCACUGACACGGUGAAGCUCCUGGCGUUUCUGUGCGUCUCUGCUUGGGCACUGCUCUGCAGAACAUCACCCUGCUGUUAGAGGAGUUGAAAAGAUCCCCAUGCACACACUGAACCACCACUUUUCUCCAGCAAUUGUGCUUUCAGUGCUUGCAUUUGCCUAUCGCUUAGCAGACGUAGUAGAGCAGUGCUGAGACUAACACACUCCUCUGCAGCAUGUGCUGGUAGGGUAUGUAAUUCCAGACCACCAACCUAGAGUAAUUUGCUGUACUCCAACCCCCCUUCUUCUGGGGGUGGGGCGGAGUAGUAUUUUUUUUUUAGGUAUGAAAUUUACAGGACCUCCAAUCAAAUUAAAGGUGUCCCAGGGUCAACCUGUGAAACUAAAUUGCAGCCUCGAGGGAAUGGAAGAUCCCGAGAUGUUGUGGAUCAAGGACGGAGCAGUGGUGCAAAGCGUAGACCAGGUGUACAUUCCAGUAGAUGAAGAGCACUGGAUCGGCUUCCUCAGCUUGAAAUCCGUCGAGCGGACAGAUUCUGGGAAGUACUGGUGCCAGGUUGAGAACGGGGGGAAGAAGGAAGAAUCACAACAAGUGUGGCUCAUAGUGGAAGGUGUGCCCUACUUUACUGUGGAACCUGAGGAUGUGUCUGUGUCUCCUAAUGCCCCAUUUCAUAUGGCCUGUGCUGCUGUUGGUCCCCCUGAACCAGUGACCAUUGUCUGGUGGAUGGGAGACUCUAGAGUGGGGCUUCCAGACGUCUCCCCCUCCAUCUUAAAUGUGUCAGGUAUUAAUCAAAGCACAGUUUUCUCCUGUGAAGCUCACAACAUAAAGGGAUUGUCUUCAUCUCGGACCGCCACUGUUCAAAUUAAAGCCAUGCCUCUCCCGCCUCUCAAUGUAACUGUAAGCCAAGUCACCAGCAGCAAUGCCAGCGUGCUCUGGGUGCCAGGAUUUGAUGGUCGUGCGCCUCUCCAUUCUUGCACUCUCCAGGUAGCUGAGUCACCAGAUGGCCAGGAGGUGUCCACUGAAGUCACCCCAGUGCCACCCUUUUCCUACACCGUGCAAGGCCUGAGGCAUUCCACCAACUACAGCGUCCGUGUGCAGUGCAGCAAUGAGAUGGGCAGCUCCCCUUUCACCGACAGGGUUUAUUUCCAGACCCUGGAGCUUGCUCCAAACAGCACCCCUCAAAAUAUCCAUGUUAUUCAAAGAGAUCCUGGUCUAAUUUUGGAGUGGGAAGGUGUGGCUCCAGAUGUGCUGAAAGAAAAUGUCCUGGGAUACAGACUGGAAUGGAUUCAGGAUAAUGUAACUCAGGGGGAGAUGAUUGUGCAGGACACAAAAGCCAAUCUCACCAUGUGGAACCCUCUCAAAGACCUGAUUAUCAGAGUGUGUGUGCUGAACUCUGCAGGGUGUGGGCCCUGGAGUGACCUCUUCCUGCUGGAGGCCCAGGAGGUCAUGGGUGGCCAGAGACAACCUCCUUAUGGGACAUCCUGGGUUCCUGUGGCAUUGGGCAUUCUCACAGCUCUGGUCACAGCUGUUGCCCUGGCUCUUAUUCUCCUUCGAAAAAGAAGAAAGGAAACUCGGUUUGGCCAUGCCUUUGGCAGUGUGGUUGGCAGAGGGGAUCCAGCAGUCCAUUUCAGAGCUGCCAGGUCUUUCAACAGGGAGGGCCCAGAGCUCAUUGAAGCAACAUUGGAGAGUGUAGGGAUCAGUGAUGAGUUGAAGACAAAACUAAAAGAUGUCUUAAUCCAGGAACAGCAGUUCACCCUGGGAAGAAUGUUGGGCAAGGGGGAGUUUGGGUCAGUUCGAGAGGCACUACUGAAGCUAGAUGAUGGCUCUUUCCAGAAAGUGGCAGUGAAGAUGCUGAAAGCGGACAUCUUCACCUCAACUGACAUUGAGGAGUUCCUGCGAGAGGCUGCCUGCAUGAAGGAGUUUGACCACCCCCACGUCACCAAACUGAUCGGAGUCAGCCUACGAAGCCGUCCCAAGGGCCGUCUCCCAAUUCCCAUGGUGAUCCUGCCCUUCAUGAAGCAUGGAGACCUCCAUGCUUUCCUGCUGAUGUCACGGAUUGGGGAAAACCCAUUUAACUUGCCUGUUCAGACACUCCUCAAGUUCAUGAUUGACAUUGCCAGUGGGAUGGAGUACUUGAGCUCAAAAAAUUUCAUACACAGGGACCUUGCAGCUCGGAACUGCAUGUUGGAUGAGAACAUGAAUGUGAGUGUUGCAGACUUUGGACUUUCUAAGAAAAUCUACAGUGGAGACUACUACCGCCAGGGUUGUGCCUCCAAGCUGCCAGUGAAGUGGCUUGCUCUGGAAAGUCUGGCAGAUAACCUGUACACAACACACAGCGAUGUGUGGGCGUUUGGGGUGACCAUGUGGGAGAUUGUGACCCGAGGGCAAACCCCUUAUGCUGGCAUUGAGAAUGCAGAAAUCUACAACUACCUCAUCAGCGGGAACAGGCUGAAGCAGCCCCCAGAGUGCCUGGAAGAUGUCUAUGAUCUCAUGUGCAGAUGUUGGCAUCCUGAGCCCAAGCUACGCCCCAGCUUUGGAGUGCUCCGCUCCCAGCUGGAAAUGAUUCGCGGGAGGAUGUCCACACUCUCUUCCAGUCAAGAUCCUCUCUAUGUCAACAUUGGGAAGGACAAAGAGGCGUCUGCAAGUGACCCUGUCCUGCACGCCUCCUUUGGAAAUAUGGAUGCUGAAGAGACUGUUGCUGGGGCAGCUGCUGCUGUCACAAGUGACUAUCGCUACAUCAUGAGCCCUUUGUGCCUUGGAGAUGAUGCUGAGGGUGAAAGGCAUCCAGAUGGACAAGAAGGGGAGGACAAAAGCCUUCUGUAUGAGCUAGAGACAGAAGGAGAGAAAAGUUGCUAGCCUGUACAUAGCAGUGACACUCUGCUUCCCUGAGGCUGGAUAUGUGCAGCAUGGUGCUGUGUCUCCUGGGGCUCUGAUGCCAGAUCUGGAAUGGCUUUGAACAGCACUGUCCAGGGCUCUUGGGCAGCUUUUGUAGCUUUCACCACCUGUGUGGGCUGCAGUGGCAAAUAGCUUGGAAGAACUGCAACCCCAACGACCCCUUAUAUCUUGGGGAGGGAGGACAGUAGGGUUACAGGUUGACCACAUCCUGCUGAAAGGAGUUCAGAGCUAAGGUGGCAGUCAGAGUCUGUGCUCUGCUUCUUCUCACUGAAUGCUGGAGCAGAGCUGAAUACACCUUCUGUUCAGUGAGUGCUUGCUCUUGUGUAGAUGUUGUCUUCAAUCCUGGCUGCGUGACUUUGGGACUGGUACCUCUGAAAACACUAGUGGGUAUUUAUAUUAUCAUUCAGGACAAGAGGGCAAAAUUCCCCUCGUGUUCACUCAGCAGUACUGCCUAGACUCGUUGCCUACCUCAGUGGUUCUCAAACUGAUCAGCGGAUCUGCUCCUUCCCAGCACUGAAUUUGAACAUCUGGUUCAUUUCAUGCAGUGACAUUUGCUGCUUCCUCAGUCCAGGGCUCAUUUAAGAGUUUCAGACAUUUUGGUGAGCAAGGAAAUUAGAAAAAAAAAAUGAAAAUCCAGCAUUCCUCUUCUCCCCAUGUACCUUUUUUUAUGUCUUUCUUUUUCUUCUGUUCGAUGCCAAUUCAGGCCUGACUAGACUUGCAGCUGACAUUAAAAUGCAAAGGGAGGGAGAGCAGCUGGCUUGUGUGAGGGCAGAACCCAACUUCAAAGGAAUGGAAAGGAAGCAGUGUAGAGAGGACUUAACAGCAGUAUGGGGAAACAGUGCUAAUUAAUGCUAAGUGCUGCCCUGCAGGAGAGGAAGAAGACUGAGAUACAGAAUGACAGACUUGCUCAGUUUCAGCAGGAGCAGGAUACAGCACUUGCUUCCAAGUUGGAUUCUUUCAAUCAUUCUCUUUAUUAGUCCUAUAUCUUCUUCAAAUGACCAAGAACUGCAGCUGCUAUAGUGACAUGUGAAAUCAGUUUCAGGAGGUUGUGUCUUGGGGGGAGGGAUCAACUGGAAGAUCUCUUUCUGAAGAGAGAGGCCUCAUGAUGAAAAACUCGAGAACCACUGGCCUUCCUAUUUAGGAGGUUUUCUGGCAUGCUCUAAAAGCCACAUAAAACGUGGAAUAGUAUCACUGCAGCCUUCCAGACAGGGCAAAAUUAAAGGUUUUGCUCUUUGGGUUUUGUUUUGUUUUCCAAUCAGCAUGUCUGACUCACUGUAACUGCAAGUGCUUGUGUGGUUUUUUAAUAAUUUAAUAUUUUACUGUAAAUCAGCAUUUGUUUUGUGCAGUGGUUCCCAGCAAGGAAGUGCAGUUACAUCUUACUCUACUUAUCCUAAAUAUUUGCUAGAUCUUAAUUUCUUUUAUUUUAACUGCGCUGAAAACUUGGCAGUAUUACUUAGGAUUCCACAUCGCACUUCUUCAAACUAAUACCACAAAUGUCAGCAUUUACUGAGUUGGCAAAGGUGGGACCAAAAAGUCAAAUAAGAUUGCAGACUUGGUAUCAGAACACUCCACCCUUCGAUACCCAGUGUUUGCUUAUUGUAAGGUCGGGGUCUAAAUAUAAAAUUCAGGUCAAGUUUCAGCCCUUAGUGGGAACUCUUCCUAGGGAAGGGGAAUUUCAGCCUGGGACCUGAGCAUGGGUCCUUUCUGUUAAGUUUCCUACUGAACAGAGAUGUCCUACAGGUGUCUCCAGAAAUUCAGUAUGGUUUCUCAGUCACAGAUACAAAUUCUGCCAUCUUUCACCCCAGGUGGUACAGGGUUUUCUCUUCACUUAGCUGGAAUGCUGUAAAUGCAGAUGAGAAGAUAACACCUAACAAAGGGUAACAAAAACCUGUGCAGUGCACUUUUGCAGUGAGGGCAGAAGGCUACACUCCCUGCAGCUGCCUAGGAAGUGCAGAUGUACAUAUAGACUCUAACUCUGGGAAGCAUGUCUUUAGUUUUUAUGCAUUUUUUAAUAAUAAAACCUGUACUGUGUUUGAGUUCCGGCCUCUUAA